AUGGCGCUCUUAGUUGCGGGUCUGCUAUGCGCGGCGCUCAGCCUUUACUCGUUCCCCAAGGGUCCCCCGAACACGCUGGCUUGGUGGAGUUACUUCCUGUCGGUUCUGUUUACCAUUGGGGCUGUGCCUGCGUUCGAGGGCGGCUGGACGGCCUUCUUCGCUCGAUUCAGGCGGGGGUAUCAGGUCUCGUUCGAGCCGCGUGGGCUGCUGCCGUGGGCUGCGCUGGGCGGGAUACUGCUCUUUGCUUUGCUGAUUCGGUUGUACAAUCUGGACGGAUUCCCGCCGGGCAUGUGGUUCGACGAAGCUGACAACAUUGAUCAGGCGAGGCUCAUCGCGGAGCGUCCCGCGCAGACGCCGCUGUAUGUGCCAUCGAACAAUCUGCCAAGCUUCUUCCUACUGCCCAUUGCACUGAUAAUCAAGUUUGCUGGCAUCUCUAUUACGACAGGACGGCUUGUAGCGGUAGCCUUCGGCGUCGCCGGUGUGUUGGCAGUGUUCCUGAUGGUGCGGCACAUGUCUGGUACGGCGAUAGGGCUUGUCGCCGCCCUUCUGACGGCGGUGAUGCGCUGGGACAUCACCUGGAGCCGCAUCGGGAUGCAUGGCAUAACCGCGCCGUUCUUUGCCGCUCUCGCCGCCUGGUUGACAUAUCGCGCAAUUGACAGAGGACGCGCCGCUGACUUUGCAUUGGCGGGGGCAUGUCUUGGGCUGGGCAUGUGGUUCUACGCGGCAUAUCGUCUGUUCGCCAUCGUGAUCGCCUUUGUGCUGCUGCACGCUCUCGUCUUCGGAAGUCAAGGAAGAAGGCGGCUGCUGGCGAACAUCGGCGUCAUGGCGUUUUUCUCGAUCAUCGUGACUUUGCCUGUUGCACAGUUCGCGGCAACUAACUCGGACGAGUUCUUCAAGAGGACGCAGAGCACAUCUAUUUUUGCGCACGUGGAUGACGGCGACGAAUCACGGGCUUUGCUUGAGAACCUGGGUAAACAUCUCGGGAUGUUCCACAUCGAGGGCGAUCCCAACGGACGGCACAACAUACCGCGCGCACCGAUGCUGGACAUCUUCUCUGGUCUGCUGAUGCUGGUGGGAUUGGCGAUAGCGGCGACAAGAUGGCGCGAUGUGUCUUUCAUUGUGCUACCUGUGUGGGUUCUGGUGAUGAUAAUGCCGGGGGUUCUGACGAUACCAUGGGAAGGUCCGCAAUCGCUUCGCAGCAUUACGGUGAUUCCCGCGGUGAUUACUCUUAUUGCUAUUGCCAUCGGCUUCAUCUGGAAUUUGGGGUGGUCUGCGCGCUUUGCCGUUGUGCGUCUGGGGACUGCGGCGGUGAUAACUGCGCUGCUUGCAAUAGUUGGGUACGCUAACCUCUACGCAUACUUCGGCGAGCAGGCGAACAGCCCCAAAGUGUACGCGGCGUAUUCCACGGAUGAAACACUGAUGGCGCGCGAUGCUGCUGAGCAGGUUGCACGGGGCUAUGUUCCGAUGGUCUCACGGCAGUUCAGGCAUAGCCUUGUUGCCAGUCUGUUCGGACAUCGCUUUCCGCGGCAAACGAUCGCCGCGCCGACGAAUAUCCCAAUUGACCCACAAUUGGUGUGGCAUGGUGCGGCAAUUUAUCUGGAGCCGCGUGAGGCAGGAUUCUACGACACCCUGAGAGCGUACUACCCGUCGGCAGACUUUCGUGAGAUAAGACCCCCUACGGGCGGCGAUGUGAUGUACUAUUCGGCUUACAUCAGCCGUGAGCAACUAGAGGCAGCCCAAGGGCUUGUGGCGCGGCGUACACUGCGAGAUGGUGAGGUCAUCGAAAGCGUCAAGACAAGCACGGAAAGCGUCUGGAUGCUGGAAGUCGAUGCCGAUGACACACCUUUCGAUGUUGAGUGGGAGGGCGCGCUGCACAUAACUCAUCCCGGCGAAUAUGUUCUCGUGCUGGACAGCGAUUCGUCGGCGACCGUCGCACUGGACGGCAGGAAAAUUCUGUCUCAUGACAGGCCGCGCGUGACAAUAGUGCCGGCGGUUGGGCUGCAUGUGUUGAGAGUGCACUCGCGAGUAGAGGAUGCAGACGGCGUGCUGCGCGUGCUGUGGCAACCGCCUCCACCGCCGCCAAUCGAAGGGGAGGAACCGUCGCCUGUUGAAGACAUAGCUGAUCUAGAUCCGGAGCCGAUCUCGUCAGCCAAUUUGUACCAUGGCGACGUGCGUCCUGUGGGACUGGCUGGGCGCUUCUUCGCCGAUUUGGAGGAUGUCGAUGGAUUGGGCGAUGCAGCUGCCUGA